AUGAUCCGCGACCAGUCCCAUGCUUACUGCCAGUGCUCCUAUUGCACGCAGCAGCCACAGGAAAAGUCUUUCAACGCUGGCGCUUCGAUGCGGGCUGCUAUGGAGGCGCUAGACCGCCCUGGUCUGUGUAAGGAUGAGUUGUACAUGAAGAGCCUCCACCAAAGCCUUCGCGCCAAGGCGUUCCUGGACAGCUCGAAAAAUGCUUUCAAGUUCAUUCCGGACGAACAGCUCCUGAGCAGCCGGAAGCGCCGUGAGGCGAAGGAGAUGGCGUUGGCGGCGGAGCUGGUACCGUUGCGUCGCCGUGACCGUCUGCAGGAGCUGGUGUUGCUGGAGCACAAGAACCGCCUGCGCGAGGAGGCGGCGCUGCGUGCGGAGCGGCGUGCCCUUGGCCUGCCUGAAGGGGAGGAGGAGGAGGUGUCGGCACCGCACUCUGAGUCCUCCGCAUCCACGCGACCGGCGUCAAAGGCGUCGUUGCAGCAGCGUCUCAGCAGUGGUGCCGCAACACCGGCGUCCCGAUGCUCUGCUGCUGACGAUCUGCACGUCAUGCUGAGGAACAUCAAGGACAUUGUGGACGAGGACCCCGCCGCCUCCUCAGACCCGCUGAGCCGCGAACAGGUGUACAAGCUGCGGCAGCUGAUGCACACUCAGAAGAAGAAGACGCGUGAAAUGAGGGACAGCUGUGAGCAUCAGCCACACGUUUGCAACCACUGCCUGGAUGUGAACGUGCAAGCGCGUCACCUCAGCGCCGCACCGCACGGCUCCGUGGCGUUUGGCCUGACCGGAAAGGUUAUCAACCCGGAAGAGGGCAUCAAGUUUGGCACCGACAUGCAGCGCGACUUCGAUGGGACGUUCAACGCGUCCAAGGUUGAUCCCGCCGCGGUGUCUGGCAAGAAGAGUCACCUGAGCAGCUACAACGCCCACCCGUACGGAACUGGUAUGGUGUUCCUACCGGUGGAGUCCCAGAGCAGAAGAGGUCGAAGUACCGGGGACAACCAAUCCACUCGCUUUCGCGCCACCUUCAACAACAACAUUGGCCGCGAGGAGCCGGUGGAGGAGGAGCUGCAGUUCCCUGGCAGCACGUACAACGUCUAUGAUACCGGUUUCGCGAAAGAGGCGACGACGCAGACCGCAGCCAAGGCCAGCAAGGACGAGCGCACCGUCAAGAUCGACACGGCUUCCUCCAACGAGAGCUCGCAGACCGGGGCAAACGAACCGAGGACUGCCGCCGCGCCGGAGCAGCCGAUGUACAACUCUUCGGCUGCGAUGUGGAUGACGACAAACCAGGAUCGCGAGCUGGACAUGAAGCGCUUUAUGGAGUUUCAGCAGAAGAUGAAGGUGAACAGUAAGCGCGUGUAUGCGGAGACCGCCAGCCGCUCUACCAAGCCGGUGUCUACGUAG